AUGAGUGAGACCUCCCUCGUGCCCUUUCAUUCCCUCGUUCCUGCUGCUGCCUUGACCUACCCUCCACAUACUGCGGCGGCUGCUGCUGCUGCUGCUGCUGCUGCUGCUGCUGCUGCUGCUGCUGCUGCUGCUGCUGCUGUGACCGACCAUCGGCAUACUGCUGCUUCUGCUGUUGCGAGCUCUCUCGUUGUAUCACUCACUGGGGGCCCACUACCUCCCGCACCCACACCAAUACCCCCAGAAACCGGGGGUAAAUACAGCUCGUACCCGUGCCCGACGCUCCUCGACCUACGGUACGACCCGUCUUCCGAACCUCCCCCUCCCCCGACGUCCGGCAUGGCGGUGGAGGGUCGGCGCCGCGUCACCUCGGUUCGUGGCGGGAGAAUCACAGCUGUGGAGGAUCGGGGAGGGCGGACACGCGAGGAGGAGGAGGUGGAGGUGGAGGUGGGGAGGGUGGCGUGGGGGGAGUAUGUGCGUCGUUCGGAAGAGAGAGGGCUUCCGGGGUUGGGGGAAGAGGAGGAGGGGAGGGCGGGGAGGGUGGGGGCUUCGGGGGAGUUGGUCCCGUUGAGAGUGCCGAUUCCACUGAAGGAGCGACUCCUGGUAGUGAGGGAUGGGAGUGGGAGGGGCGUGUGGGAGCGGAGUGUGGUAGAGGAAGAGGUGAAUAGGACGAGAAUGGGAAAGGAGUGA